ACGAUGAUUGUGGAAGAUUCUGCAUUUGAAUCAUCUGCGUCAUCUUAUUCUUCCCAACGCAGUGAUGCAUCUGAUUACGAACAAAGGAGGAAAAAGAAGAAAAAGGGGAAGGCUAAGAUCGAGGAAACGGAUGAUGAAGUUGAUGAAACAGAUGAAGAUGAUGAUGAUGACAUAUCUGAAGAGGAAGAGGUAGACAUAAGAAAAAGGCGGAAAAAAGGGAAGGGCAUGAAGGAAAAAGUGAAGCGUAAAAGGCAAAAGGUUGUGAAGCGUAAGAGUACGAGUAAGAUGACCAACGGAGAGUCAGUGAGGUCAAUUGGACUCGUGGUAUCGACUCAGCUUGAAAUGUGUCCAAAGGCACCGAACAUUGUCUGUCGGGUCGAGGCAUUUGUGAAGGUCUUAAGUAAGCUAGACAAUUCGAGGAAGGAAGAAGUUAUGAAAAUGGGUUUUGGGGGGCUUUUGGAAUUUAAGAUGCGGUGGGUAGAUCGGAAGUUUUGUUAUUGGUUGUUGACUAGGUUAGGGGAUGAUGGUGAUGUCGAAUUUGGAGAUGGUCAUGUGUUUAAAUUUAAACCACUUGAUUUCAGCCAUAUCUUUGGGUUGCCUUUCGGAGGUAAGAAGGUACCUGGAGAGGUUGAUUAUGAGGAUGUAGGAAUGGUCAGAGACAUUCAGGAGAUCCUGAACUUGUAUGGGGUAAAUCUUGAUGAUCUUAAGCAUGCAACUUUCUUGCUGUCGAAGGUUGUAAAAGCUUUAGCUAGUGGUUGUGGUCAACCUCUAAGCAGUGCCCAAGAUAGGAAAGAAUUUAGGACUUUGUUCCUGAUAAUUGUGUUAGGAUUUAUAUUAUGUCCUACCACGACGAGCACUGUCCUAUCUCCUCAGUUAAUGGCUGUUGUGGUGGUGAGUGAGAAGGUAGAGGAGUAUGAUUGGUGUUCGUGGGCAUACAACUGGUUAAUGGAUCGUGCUACGACAUUUUCAAGAAAGUUUGAGCAAAAAGGGUAUGUGUCUGGAUGUGGAGGUUGUGUUGUUGCUUUAAUGAUAUUUUACCUAGAUCGUUUGCAUCUGGGAUCUUCUCAGAAGUUGGAUGUAUAUCAUAAAAUCAAGGUCUGGGGUAAAAAAGAAUUGGCGAAGGCAAUAGCGGCCGACAGGACAAGGAAAGGCGACUACGGUAAACUGAUGUCUCGGAAGGUGACAUAUAGUGGUGAUAAAGGCAAUUUGAGGAGAAGUGUUAGUGGUGUUACUACCCUAGAAGCUGGGCCAACACAAGUAGGUGUUACAACAACAACAACAACAACAACAACAACAACAAUAAAUGGUGUAGUUGGUGUUACAACAGGGGGAGGUGAUCUUAGGAGUCAAGGUCCCUUCGAUGGUAGGAUGGUGUAUGAGUUGGCUGCGCAGGUAUUUUCUUUUCAGUUGAUAUAAUUUAUGGAUUUUAGAGUUGUUCGGUUGGUAUAUUUUCUUAUUUUUUCCUGUGUGUAGGUUUUACAAGUAUUUAAACCCCAGCUGGAGCAGAUGAUUUUUACUGCUUGUUGAGGUGGUGGGAGUGCUGGGAGUAGUGGUGAUGGACUUGGCGUAGUUAGUGGGAGUAGUGCACCUGCUGCUGGUGCUGCUGUUGGACAAGUUGGGGGACAUGCUGGUGGUCCAUGGGGCAUGUUAGGUAGAGGUCCAAUGUCUGGAUCUGGCGGAGGUGGUUUGGGAGGUGUACCUGGUACUGGUGGUGGUGCUUGGGGAACUGGUGGUGGUGCUUGGGGAACACACCCUUGUUCUGGUGUUGGUGGUGCUUUUGGCAGGAGGGUAGUAAGAGCUGGUGGUGCAGGUGUUUCCUCCCAAAUGAACCAGAACCGUACUAAUUAUGGUCCAAUUAAUGAGGCAUUUUUAAGGGAGAAAGAUGAUGUUCUCCAAGUCAAUCACGAAAGUGUUCCCGUGAACGACGUGAUUCAUGAUAUUGCUGAAUCAUGUAUGGAGGGGUUUGGAUUGGAAAAUGAUCCAGGUCAUCAGGUUAUUUUUUCAGAAGACUCUAUUCCUAGUACUCCUGAUAAAGCUGGAUUGAAAUUGGAUUCCAACACAGUUGAAGGAAAGGAGGUGGUUGAUGCAGUGAACACUGAAACUCUGGAGGUCCAGGACGAGAAGAGUAUAAUUAGUGAAGGUGGUGCAAAUGCAAGUAAGAGAGUCAACUGUAGACCAACUAGCAGUUUGACCGAAGAAGUGUGCCUGUUGUCUUCUAGUAGGGGAAAACAAUCUGGGAUGGAAUUGCGACUGGACACGUUCAUUUAAAGUUGGCGUAACCUUAAAGAUUUGAACAACCCUGGUGAAGUGUUGGUAAGAUGUGAUGGGGCGGAAGCAGAUCAACGCGAUUGUUAUCUCACAAUGAUGAUAAAGAAAUGUGUGAGUACCGGAUAUGUGAUUGUAUACUACGGCCUGGAGGGAGAAGGAAUUCGUUGGCGGAAGUCAUAGGAUCUUGCUUAGUCCAGAAUUUUUGCUAAGUCUAAAUAUUAUUUAAUUUUUUAUUUGUUAUUAUGUUUUUAAGAAAGUUACUAGUCAUGACGGUUAUUUAUUAUUAUUUAUUAAUAGGCAAGGGUGUUGGCUCCAAGGGACCCUCCUUUUAUGAUUGCCCGAAAGUAUGGCAAGAUUGUUAGUGGCAUUCCAGCGUCGUCCAUAAGCUUGAUUUUUGUUCCAGUUUUGGACGAAAAAAACUCCCACUGGUGGUGUGUCUGUUUUGACCUGGAACACAACAGAAUCAUCUUGAUUGAUUCCAUGCAUAAAAACCCCGUACAAAAGUAUGUCGA